AUGAAACCAACCGUAAUUCUUAUCACAGGCACCAAUCGAGGAAAGUAUUUUGUUCCUACUUCGGACCUACUCGAAUUAACUCUGACAAUAGGCAUCGGAAAAGGUCUGGCAACCGCGUAUCUCGCCAUGCCGAAUACCACCGUCAUUGCGACAGUCCGAGAUGCUUCCGUUGAGAGCACAUUCGAGUUAUCCUCACUAGCGAAGGGGUUGAACUCUCACUUGAUUAUUAACCAGCUCAGUUUGGAUGAUCCUGCAGGUGCUACUCAGGCAGUCUCGCGAAUUCAAAAAGAGUAUUCCGUUCAUCACAUCGAUGUUGUCAUCGCUAACGCGGGUAUCUGCAACCAUUGGGGACCCGUUCAAGGCAUGGAAGACGCCGAUAUGGUUGCCCACUUCGAGGUAAACACAUUGGGUCCACUAAGACUGUUCCGGGCAGCAGCGCCGUUGUUAAAAGCCAGUGGCCAGCCUAAAUUUGUUUACGUUUCCACCGCGCUGGCAAGCAUUGCUGGAUUGGAAAACUCACCGUCAUUGACCGCUGCAUACGGAGUUUCGAAAGUUGCGGGUAAUUAUUUGAUAAAGAAGAUUCAUGGCGAAGAUGAGGCCUUGAUUGCUUUUUCAAUUGACCCCGGCUUCGUUCAAACUGAUAUGGGCAACCGGGGCGCCCAAGCCGGAGGCUUGGCUCAGGCCCCGGUGACUAUUGCUGAAAGCGUAGAGGGAAUUAUUGAGCAGAUCAAGAUCUCAACAAAAUCCACAACGUCUGGAAAAUUCAUCCAGUUCAACGGUGGCACUUUGCCAUGGUAA